AUGUCGUCCGGCCAGGACGAGCCACCCUCGAAGCCCUGCCACAACUGCCGCCGCCGCAGACUCAAGUGUGACCGCGCUCUUCCGGGAUGCCGCAAAUGCUCCAAGACGGGCCAGGAAUGUCUCGGCUACGGCAAGCUGUUCCUGUGGGACCAGGGCGUGGCCAGCCGCGGCAAGAUGAUGGGCAAGACCAUCCCAGUCCAGUCCCCCAAGUCGCCGCCCGCAGAGGCCGUGCAUGCCGUGUCUGGUGCAAGCCUUAUAGGGCACGACGACAGCAUGCCGCCCGGCCAGGAAAUGGUGUUGAGAAGUAGCAAUGCGUGCAUGGAGCCGGCGUCGUCGUGGUGGAUAGCAGCACCGCCUCAGCGCCCUCUAAUAGAUCCCAUCUUCCAAGACCUGGGCCACUCGUCCCGGCUCUAUCUCUCUCACUUCGCCGACGAGUUCUGCAAGUCUCUCGUGACAUACGACAUGCCCAACCUGAACCCCUUCCGCGACCUCAUCCCGCUGACCAGAGAGCACGCCGUCCUGCUGCACAUGGCCAUCGCCAACUCGGCCGUGCACAUGGCCAACCGCUACGCCAUGGAGACCCAGAGCGCCGCCGUGGCCGCCCAGUCGCUGAAGGGCAUCGCCCCGGGUCAGGUCAGCGCCAUCCACUCGCAGCCGCUGCACGAACUCAGCGGCCAGGCCGCCCGCUUCUACCACGACGCCCUGGUCGCGAAACAGAAGGCGCUGCGGCUCCUGCGCCACGCACUGCAGCACGUCGACACGGGCAACCGGGACGUCCUCCUCGCCGCCAUCCACCUCUUCGCCAACUUCGAGCUCAUCACCUCGGGCAAGGGCGAUUGCAUCGUCCACGUCGAGGGCGCCAGGCGGCUGAUCGAAUGCUUCGGCUCCGAAAGCUCGCCGAUGAUGGGCAAGCUACGCGACUACGUCGUUUCCGAUUGCCUAACCUUCUACAUCCUCGGCUCCAUGGUGGCGUCCUCCCGCUCUCGAGCGAACGCGAACCGGCGCUUCCAGUACGUGCUCCCGCUGCUGGAACGCGCAGAGUCCAACAGCUACCUAUCAUGCCCGUCGGUGCUGCUGCAGAUCAUGCUCUCAGCCUCGUACCUGAACCGCGGCUCCGCAACCGAUCAAGCCUCCUCUUCGUCUUCCUUCUCCCUAGCCGCAGAAGCCGCGUCCCUCCUCCAACGCGCCCGCGCCGUCGACGUGCACGUCUGGGCGCAGCAGGUCCAAGGCAUCUCGUCCCAGCACGCCGACGACUUCGCGUCGCGCGUGCACGUGGCGUCGGCGCACAAGUCGGCCAUCUGCCUGUACAUCCACCGCGCGGUGCAGCCGGCGGCAGACCUGCUCGACGACGGCCAGGUCGAGGUCCUCGUCGCCGACAUCCUGCACCACCUCGCGCAGAUGGACGGCGGCGACAACCUCAUCAAGGGCACCGCGUGGCCCACCUUCGUCGCCGGCGCCGAGAGCGAGGACCCCGAGCGGAGGGCAUGGGUUGCCGAGCGGAUGGUCAUGUUGUGGCGCAUCAUGCUGUGGGGGUAUUUGCCUACUGCGCUGGAGACGCUGCAGGUUAUCUGGAAGACGGACGACGUUGUGUGUGAAAUUGAUGGGGUGGCGGCGGCGGCGGCGGCGAAGGAGGGAUGGUUGCAGAAGCUGAAGAGGCUGGGGAUUGAGUGGAUGAUUGUCUGA